AUGUCCUCUUCGAUAUAUAUAUUUGAUGAGACUUUGGAACCGCUAGUAUCUAAGAGUGUGAAAGGUCUACCGAAUGUCAAUGAGCUAGGAGAUUUGUUCCGAUACCAUGUGCGACAAUCGCAAAACCCUAUUAUAGAUGUGUACAAUUGGCGAUUCGUCUAUAUCAAACGCGAUACACUAUACUUUGUUGCUGUGGUAGAUGCUGCUGAUGAUGCUAUCGCGAACUAUUUAGCGAUUUUAACGUACUUGGAGCAGUUGUACCAGUUAUUUAGGGAUUACGUUGGUGUGAAAGUACUCGAUCGGAACUUAGUAUUAGACAACACAUUGCUAGUCAUGGAGCUCAUUGAUGAAACAUUGGACUACGGAAUUGUUCAAUUGACUGAGCCAAGCAUCAUGAAGGACUAUAUAAGGGUUAGAGUAAAUUUGCCUGAACAACGCAUAAUGCUGGAAGAGAUAUGGAAUACCGAUUCCGAUUCUGACUCGGAUGGGAAUAGUAAAAGGAAACACAAACAUAAGUCAAAAGGGGAUAAAGAUAAACCUGCCUUGGGGAAAGUCCCAUUAUCCAAAGAGGAACUAGACAAAGUGCUCAAGACAAGUAAAGACAAAGUAUACAAAAAAAUUAAGGAUAAUAUAAACGAAUUGGAAAAAAUCGGUAAAUUUAGAGGUAAAGAUGAAUAUGAUGACGAUGCCAAUGAGAAUGAAACAUUCAUAAACAGUUAUAUCGCUAAAACGACGAUCAUGCCCGUAUCUUGGCGUGCGAAGGGUAUCCAUUAUGCAAAAAACGAAUUUUUCCUUGAUGUAAUCGAAAAGUUGCAAUAUUUAGUGGAUUUAGAGUCUGGUAUGGUUAGAAGAAGUCUUAUCCAUGGUCAAAUUGUGUGUAGAUCGUAUUUGUCUGGUAUGCCUAAACUGAAAAUGAGUUUAAACAAACUAUUACAAAAUGAUAAACAGUUUAUUUCUCAGGUACAGUUCCACCAAUGUGUUUCUUUGGAUUCGAUAGAAAAGGUUAUAAAGUAUGCCGAAGAACAUUCAGAUGAACUAAAGACAUUAAAACACACAGAGCAUAAUGCUGAAAGUGAAAUUGAAUUUAUCCCUCCAGAUGGUGAUUUUACAUUAUGUUCUUAUGAACUAAAAAGACAUAUUAGAGAUCCUCCUAUGGUCAAACUUUGCUCAUUUGAAAUAACACCAAAGUGGAAAAAAUAUAAACUCAAAAUUUCUGCUGCAGUAGAAACACACUUUAAGCCAACAAAUUCUACAUCAAAACUAGAUGUUAAGAUUCCCAUUUCCAAGGUAUUCAAGGACUACCAGAUUGAUCUAAAAAAGCCAAUAAAGUUUAAAACAUCGAAUGGUCGAGUAGUCUAUAAUAUUAGCGAUGAUUUCUUAUUAUGGGAGAUCGGUGUUAUUAAAGGUGGUAAAAUGCAUGGCUCAAAGGAAGAUAUAAGCAAGUUUGACAAUGUCGCUACAAUGGCAGCGGAGUUUGGACUAUUCAACGAGGAAGAGUAUGAAAGAGAAAGGAAGGAAAGAGAAACUUCAAUGAAUCCACCACCACUGAGGACAGGCCCUAAGCUUGAAGAUAUAUAUAAAGAAACUCACGAGGAGAAUGACGGAUAUAAUUCUGUGGGUCAAAAGCCAAAGAAUAAUCUCAACUUACUUUCAAUGGAUUUUGAGAUUCCUUACUGCACAUGUAGUGGUUUGAAAGUUGAGUAUUUGAAGAUUGAUGAAGACCAAUUACAAUACCAGUCAUUCCCAUGGGUGAGAUAUAAAACGAUUAACGAUGACGAAUAUGCAUAUAUUAUUUAA